UUAAAGUUUAUCUAUGUUUCUCCGAUUCUAAUUUCCAGCUGCCAAUCACUGCCCUACAUAUUCCGCACCUUAUCAUUUCUCAUCAUCCUUCCGUUUCCAAUUCCAACUCUCCCUUCUCCCCCUUGACUUUCUCUUCCACAUUCUCCCUCUUGGUUUUUUUUUUCGUUCUUCAAAUUUUUUUUUUCAACCCAGAUUGUCCCUUUUAAGACAAUAAUAUUCCAUCACAAUCAUCGCCAAAUUCCGAUUUCUGCCCUCCAGAACCGUCUCUCAAAAGUUUGCUUUUUAUUUUCUCUUCCCCGAGAUGGUGAUCAUUGCGAGCAUUUAAAAAAAGUUUUAUAUACUUUUCAGCCUGACCCGACCCGAAAAUGCCCAUGGACCGAAACCUAAAAUCGGAGAGCAUGAGAUCGCACACCGUACUCUCAAUCGAAUGCCUGAAAGGGAGUUCAAAAGCAGACGAAUGGACCGGAGAUAUGCUCCAGACUGGUGAUAUUGUUGAGGAGAUUCGAAUUGGAUCCGGCUCUGGUCUCACCCAUAAGGCACCUUUUAAAGGCGGCAAGAGCGGAGUCCAGAAGGUUCUUCACAGCUCGUAUAAGAAUAAGGAGACGUUGAUUCUCGUCCGAGUCAGGCGAGGCAUUGACGAGUUCGCUGAGUUGCAGGCCUGUAUCGUGCCUAACGCUUCUGGCGGGAAAAAGCAAUAUAUGUUGAGGUCUAUAGCGGAUGCCAAUUACACUGUGGGGUUUUCGGAUCGCACUGAAUCCGAGUGCCUCGAGUUGCAAGCUUCAAGGAACUCCAGGAUGGUCAGUGAACUAACAACGACAAGGCUUCAGGAUGGAUAUGUCCCAUAUCCAUGGGAGAGGAGGAUGCAGCAGGUGCUAUCAAUUCCCAACGCCAGCUGUUUUCUUUCUGUUCUUCUCCUUCCAAAAGCUUCAGAUCGAGUGGCUUCUCGAUACAACGACUUGGAGGAUACUCUUGCCCGAGCAAAUGCUUGGCUAAAUGCAUCUCAGGCCUCUGGUGUCCCCAUUGUUUUCAUGAAUAUCCAGACUGAAUCCCUGCUUACUAAGAUCUCUGGAGAGACGGCCUCAGCUAGUGUAAAUGCUGGAUCAUUAUCUGACUUAUCAAACCAAGCCAAUGCAAGCCUAUAUGGUUUUGAGGACUACCAUGGGAUCGACAUUGGAGUUGUUCGAGCAGUUCGUCUAUGGUAUGCCCCACUUGCAGGAGAAAUUGCAAUUGAGAUCAAACUAAAAGAGGAUGACACAAAGCUCGGGUUCGCCAUUAGCCGCACAAAAGAGGGAUUCAUCUAUAUAUCAUCUGUUAUCGAUGGGGAUGAAAAUGUGCCUUCAACAAGAUCGGGACUCAGCACCCUCUAUAAAGAAUCAGUGAGUGCAUGUAGGCUGAUGGUUGUCUCAAGACUAUCAAAUCAGAAGGUUCUUCCAUGGAUGGUUUCUUCAACAGGAGCUGUUCGAUGCUUUGAUACUGUUUCCCUAAGUCAGAAGCUCUCAUUACACCGACAUGCCAAGGUGCCUAUUCUUAUGCAUGUCUUGUUGUGGGAUCAAUCAUUGGUUUCCCAAGGUUUUGGUAGUGCCAGGCUUCAGGUUCCUUCUCCAUCAGUGUUACCAUUGCCAGCUGAAGUUAGAUUAGCCCACCAACCCAAUGACAAUCAAAUACUGCCUCUGCCACAUGAAGAACCAAAUGAGAGCAUUGUCACAAGCGAGCAGGCAGAUGACAAACUACAGCGAGACACUGCUGGGGAGGUCUCCUUCAGAUUUCAUGAGUUUUUACUUCCAAACAACUGGUUAUGAUUUUUCUCAGCUUCAUUGUGUAUAUAUCAAAAAAUUUCAUACAUUAGAAAGCAAGUCCUUUGAUCGAAGCUGCUCAGAAUUAGGUAGAAUGGUCUAGAAAAUUCAGAAGACUUGUAAAUUUCAUACGUCAUAUUUAGAAAUGGAUACAUGGCUUCUGGAUGCACUCUUUGUUAUGUCUAUCAUACGGGAACUUUGUCGCA